CCUUACCCGCCCACCCGCCACCUCACCGUAGGGACCCGGACCGGCCGCGAGUCCUGAUCCUCACAUCACAACAACAAACAACAACAUGGGUGCCGGCUGGUAUUUUGCAGCGAUCUGGGCCCUCUGCUGCGCGUCCGCGGGGGCCCAGUCCUUCGCGGAGACGAUAGGCAAGGAGCAAUCCUGUCACUCCUUCGCGGGAGGCAACGUAUAUCCUUACACCUGGCCGCACGGCGGGGACCACAAGCUGCAGUGGACGAAGGCAGUCAUUUCCAAGCCUGCUCCUGAAUGGAAAGGAACUGCAGUUGUAAGUGGAGAGAUCAAAGAAAUCAAAUUAUCCGACUACAAAGGGAAAUAUUUGAUCUUUUUCUUUUACCCUCUGGACUUCACAUUUGUAUGUCCUACUGAAAUUUUGGCCUUUAAUGACCGAUUGGAAGAGUUCCGAAAAAUUAACACAGAGGUUGUUGCAUGCUCUGUGGAUUCUCACUUUACACACCAUGCAUGGACCAACACCCCUCGUAAGGAAGGUGGCUUGGGGAAACUAACAAUUCCACUGCUGUCGGACUUGAACCAUCAGAUCUCUAAAGAUUAUGGUGUAUAUUUAGAAGAGCUUGGUCACACAUUAAGAGGUCUCUUCAUCAUUGAUCCCCGAGGCGUGAUACGCCAGAUUACCCUGAAUGAUCUGCCUGUCGGACGCAGUGUGGACGAAACUCUGCGUCUGGUUCAAGCCUUCCAGUACACUGACAAAUUUGGAGAAGUUUGCCCUGCAGGUUGGAAGCCUGGUGAAGAUACUAUUAAACCUGAUUUGAUCAAGAAGAAGGAAUUCUUCUCCAAACAUUGAGGACUUCGUUACUUGUCGCUCUCACACAUCACUUCUGGGUAAGAGUGCUUGCUCGUUUAUUUUUAAAUUAAAACACAAGACUGUUCCCUUAAGCUAAGAAUUUUCAGCAUUAUCUUGGCCUUGACUAGUCACAUUCAGACAGACACCAUUUGAUUUGUCUCAAGUAUUCAAAACUCUAAAAUCUUUUCUGAUAUUCUAAUGAUAAUAUAUUGCAUUUACAAUACUGUGAAGUAAGACUGAAAUUUGUUAAAUACAGUAAAAUUUACUAACUUUCUGUGAACUUUAAUAAUAAACUUGUUCAAGAGAUCA